AUGGAAAUGACCAGCAAACGCCAGGUCUCUCGAAGGAGAGAAAUUCUUCCUGUGAAGAAGAUUGAGUACAGGGAUCCGAGAUUUGACUCUCUCGCGGGUCCACUUGAUGAAGCCAGGGCCCAAAAAGCAUAUGCCUUUCUCGACGACUACCGGGAUGAUGAGAUGAAGCAGCUACGCGCAGCGGUCAAAAAGGCAAAGACGCCCCGCGAGAAAGAGGAGCUCCAACGAGCACUGAUGUCUAUGGAGUCAAAGAAGAAGGCAAAGGAUAGGAAAGAACGAGAGCGUGCCGUCAUUGAAGAGCACAGGAAACAGGAGAAGGAGCUGGUGAAACAAGGCAAGAAGCCGUUCUACCUGAAAAAGUCUGAGCAGAAGAAGAGACUGCUCUUGGAUCAAUUUGCGAAUAUGAGCGAGAAACAGGUCGAGAAGGCUAUCGAGAAGAAGCGGAAGAAGGUCGCCGCCAAGGAGAAGAAGGAGAUGCCUUUUGCACGAAGAGGAGCCGAGGAGAGAUGA